UGCUUCGCGAGAGGCGAGGCAUCCCUUAGAAACACAGAAAGCCUCUCACAGUCGGAAACCAAACCCUAGCAGCUCCACUGUGUGUGUGUGAGAGACAAAACAUGGCAGAAGGUCUCGUUCUCCGCGGCACCAUGCGCGCCCACACCGACGUCGUCACGGCAAUUGCCACCCCAAUUGACAACUCUGACAUGAUCGUGACUGCGUCGCGCGACAAAUCCAUCAUCCUCUGGCACCUCACAAAGGAGGACAAGACCUACGGUGUUCCCCGCCGUCGCCUCACCGGCCACUCCCACUUCGUCCAGGAUGUUGUCCUAUCCUCCGACGGCCAGUUCGCGCUCUCCGGCUCCUGGGACGGCGAGCUCCGCCUAUGGGACCUCGCCGCCGGCACCUCCGCCCGCCGCUUCGUCGGCCACACCAAGGACGUGCUCUCCGUGGCGUUCUCCAUCGACAACCGUCAGAUCGUGUCAGCCUCCCGCGACCGCACGAUUAAGCUGUGGAACACCCUGGGUGAGUGCAAGUACACGAUCCAAGACAGUGACGCCCACUCCGAUUGGGUCAGUUGCGUGCGUUUCAGCCCAAGUACUCUUCAGCCCACUAUUGUUUCGGCCUCUUGGGACAAGACUGUUAAGGUUUGGAACCUUACUAACUGCAAGCUGAGGAAUACUCUUGCUGGACACAAUGGUUAUGUGAAUACCGUUGCUGUUUCCCCUGAUGGGUCUCUCUGUGCCAGUGGUGGCAAAGAUGGUGUUAUUCUUCUGUGGGAUUUGGCUGAGGGGAAGCGCCUCUACUCGCUCGAUGCUGGCUCUAUCAUUCACGCUCUUUGCUUCAGCCCCAACAGGUACUGGCUCUGUGCUGCUACUGAACAGAGCAUCAAGAUCUGGGAUUUGGAGAGCAAGAGCAUUGUUGAGGAUUUGAAGGUUGAUCUUAAGACCGAGGCUGAUGCCACCACCGGUGGAAACACCAACAAAAAGAAGGUCAUUUACUGCACAAGUUUGAACUGGAGUGCCGAUGGAAGCACCUUGUUUAGUGGCUAUACCGAUGGUGUUGUUAGAGUUUGGGCGAUUGGGCGUUAUUAGGUUAAGCUUUUUAGUGCUUUCAGAUGCGAAUCUUUUGAGUUUUUGAGUUUUGGGACAAAGUUAGUUACUGUUUUACUGUAGAAUUGAUUAUCUUGUUUAAGACCAUGGUGGCUUUGAGGCCUGUUAUUUAUUUUUAAAACUUUCGUUUUGGUUAUUACUUGUUAUAUGGAUUUUUCAACUUCUUGGUUCCUCGGUUACCAGUAUCA